AUGGAAAAUGUAAAGCGAUAUAGUGGUGGAUUUGGGGGCUCAAUGCGCCCAGAGCCUCUGCAAGAUGCAAGCUCGGAGUGGGUCGACGGGUUGGAUCCGGGAAAUGUGGAGUUCAUGAUGCAUGACUCGCCUGCGGCUCAAGGAUCUCAGGCCCCCGCUCGGAAGAACACGUCGGCACAGAUCGGUUGGCUCCGACCGAACCUCCUCGAGUCAGGGAGUACCGUCACAGCACCAGAGACGUCCAGGAUGAGCUCACAGGCCGCCAGAAGCUCCAAGGCUCUCAGCAGCAGCCAGGACGUGAAGCCACCGGAAAAGGAGGGGAAGAACUACGUGAAAGGAUCUGCUCUCGGGAACAUUCCGCUGAGCGUCAACGACUACACCGCGCCCAACCUCAACUCAGCGAUGCUCCCAAUUGUCUCUCGCUCCCGUUUGAGCAUGUCAAGCGCUGACCCUAGCUCUCCAGCAAUGCAACCUGCGACGGAACUGGAGGAAGAUGAGACGGCGGCGGGCUCAGGAGGACACGGACUCGAGCGAGGAGUCGAGGUGAGCAUGGCAAACUUUCUCCUGUUCGGGGCAUGCCAAUCUGAGCAUCGACCUCAGCGAUGA